UCCAUGACAACGGCAAUGCAACACGCAUAGCAGGAGGAAAGUCACAAGCAAAUGUAUUUCAGUACAACAGCAUUUUGAUAUCAAUUCCGCGGAACAACAAAGAAAGUUCGUAUUUAAUCACACAGAAAGCCUGAGCUAAGAUAACAUGGAUGACGCUAAAAGAGCCGAGGCAGCUAACCGGAAGUUACUACAUGGCACCAAACCAACGGUGGUUAGACCAGACCCAACAACACCGAUAGCCCAGCGGUUAGGGGGCAGGACGAAACGUCAGGAACCUCCAUGUCCAAUAAAUGUGAAGGGUCCAAAACUAGGCGAUAUAAUCAAUGACUGGUUAACUUUUAUUAGACAAGAAGUGGACGAGCAACAGAAAGUGACAAAAGCUGUAGAAUCAACAGACAGACAGCCAGGUAAAUCAGAAGAAGACGUGGACGGUGUCUUAGUUUGUAUUUAUGACCGACAAUGUAAGAUCUGUUACAACCAAAAUCGACCAAGAACCAACAUCUGUAGUCAGCCGGCUUCAAGCUGUUACAAUGUCGGAAACAACAUGGACUUUACGAGUUGGAACUGUUUUGUGCCAAGUAACAAUUGUAAUAAGCCAUGUAAUAACUACAGCAAACCAUGGCCAAGUGACAGUUUCAGUGAUCUAAGUACAUUUACAUGUUCCAGCCAAUCAAGUACAGGCUACGAACAACGAAAUAUAAGUUUCAGACAUCCAAAUGUUUGUCACGACAGCCAAUUGCAGGCUUCGAGCAACCAAUUGCAUGUUUCAAAUAACCAAUUUGAGGCUUCAAACACCAAACACAUGUUUCAAACAAGCAAGUGCAUGCUUCAAACCACGAAAUAAAGCUUCCAAAGUACCCAAUAAAGCCGUCAAAGUACCCAAUAAAGCUUCCAAAGUACCCAAUAAAGCCGUCAAAGUACCCAAUAAAGCUUCCA